AUGGAAAUUGAGAAAGUUGUUUUCCCUUUCAAAAACCAAAAUUGGCACUAAAGAAAGAAAUAGUUGAAAGUUUCUAAAAAUCAAAGAUAAAAUAAAAAUUUAAAAUAAAUAUGUGCUUCUGAGCUGACUUCAAGAAAUAAAUUUAAUUAUAUGUCUAUUGAAGGUCCUCCUCCUUUGAAGCCUCAAAAGAAAUACUGCGAUAUAACAGGAUUUGAAUCAAAAUACAAAGACAAGUCUUCUGGUUUAUAAUACCACGAUAAAUAUGUUUACGAAUAUAUAAAUACUAGUGUAAGUAGGCCUAUGGUUGAAUAAUUUUUAUCAUUAAGAAAAAUAAAUGUCAAUAAUUGA